AUGUCUGUUGAGAAACAGAUUCUCUUUCCCUCAAUUCUCUUGGAUAAUCCACUUUCCUUUCUCGUCGCUCUUCUCUCUGUUUCUGCUCAGAUGCCCAAGCUACAAGGUUCAAGUUCAGUUGGGCGAACAAGAACCUUUACAGGCUGCCGCACCUGUCGAAGCAGACAUGCGAAAUGCGACGAGGCUCAGCCUAAAUGCGGCACGUGCCAACGUCUGGGGUUGACAUGUGGAGGUUAUGGGGCGAGACUGUUUUGGAUUACGGAUGAUGCUGUCAAGCCCGAGUUGCAGCAGAGCCAUCGGGGCUCCGAGUACCGGUACCCACUAUUCUCCGGCAUGUCUUCCGAGAGUCAGCGCAAGUUGAUGAGUGAUGAACUGUCUCGGAGUUUGGAGAGAAGAACUGCUGCGUCUCUUCUAGCUGAUAUCGACUCUGCUGGUGAGAAGAUGACUGUUGAUGACUCUAGUUCAGUUUUGAUCAAGGGUCCAUUCGGUGUAUUUCAAUUGAUUGGAGAGUCCACAUCUCCACUGGGUACUAUCGAGUGUUCGCCGGAUACAAAUACCGAUGAUACUUUCACGAGUAUGUAUCCCGAAACAGACAGCUUUAUCGAGGAGAUUCAGCGCUCUGAGUGGCCAGACCAAGGUCCUACGGAUGACAUGGAUAUCUUUACUGCAUCGCUAGACCCACACUUUGGGAUCGUCGAAGAUCCGAUAACAAUAGAUCAAGGACAUGACUCCUCCAUGACCAACUUCUUCAUGGAUGAUCAUAUAGGUGCUGAAGGGCUAGCACUAUUCAGCCCAGGAUUUAUUUCACAAGUCAUAGGUCCUCCUGAACCGGAACCAGAGGAGACGCACGACCCAGACCAUGUCACUGAUAUAACACUGUACCCAAGAGAUACACCAUCCAGCCGUUCAGGUAUACCGGAAGAGGCAGAGCACCUACUCCGACACUACAGACAAAACAUGACUGGACGUUCAACAAUGCAGGCAAAGCGCAAGUCCCCUUGGGAAAUAAUCUUUCUUCCCUGUGCACUAGAGACUUUUGCAGAGUUGUCUCUCUGGAAUGAAGCAUCUCAUACUCGCUCCUCGAUAUUCUAUACACUUCUUGCCCACAGUGCACUACAACUUCACAUUUCACAAGGAACAGAUAAAUGGAAAAACGUUGGACUCAAGAAUCAUGAAAGAGCGCAGAGUCAUUUGAGACAAGCGUUACAACAUGAAAUGUUUGGACCCAAGCAAGCUAGUUAUAAAGAGCUCCUGAUGGCAAUUCUCGCCAUGGCAAUGACUUCGCUGCAUAAUGGUACUCGCGCUUUUAGAGUAUUCCUGCUCGACGCAGAACGUCUCAUUCGACUACGAGGCUUAGUCAACCAUAACCCCUUCAAGACACGUCUUCUACACCACAUGUACACACACCUACGCGUCAUUGCAGAAAGCAUGUCUCUCUGCACAGAAGCUCUCCCUGAGAGUUCUGCUAGCGAGAGCCAAGUCCAAGACCUGAGUCGAACCUUUCGUAUUACAGAAGAGGGCUUGAACAUUGGACUGGAUCCUGCACAGGAAAAGACAGAUGAGAUGGGUUAUAAUGACAUCCAUCUAGAAGUCCAAGGUCAAUGGAAUCACACUCUGUACCCAGUGAUAUACGGAAUUCCCGAGAGUCUGAUGACGCUUUUGAGUCAGACUGUAUCUCUAUCGAAUGAAAAAGCCCGGCUGGAGAAUGUUGCGCGAUGCAAUCCAGCCAUAUCAGAUGCACUGGCAAAACAUACCAAGACCCUAGAAAGCAGAAUAUGGGCCUGGCCUUCUACGUUGGAAACUGCUGGACCCUUCGAAGUAUCAUCCAGAACAACAACAGACCACGAUCUCGUCACUCAACCACAAAUUCGUUCCAUGACACUUGCAAUUCAUCAAGCGCUGGUUAUCUACUUUUAUCGACGAGUCUACGACAUGAAUGCCAUGAUUCUACAAGAUCUGGUUCGUAAAACGCUGGAUUAUCUGGAGCCUUGCUUGAGUGAGUUGAUAGACGAGCAAGACUUUGCGACGAGUUUGGCUUGGCCUGCUUUUGUAGCGGGAUGUGAAGCUGUGACGCCUGAGUUGCAGGAAAGAGCGCUGACAUGCUUGGGUGUGACGGAUGAAAAGGGAGUUUAUUUUACGCCCAAGCCCGCAAAGGUCGUUGUACCGCUGAUUUGGGAGGGGAGAAAGAAGUCUGGAGAUUGGAGUGCGAGUUGGCAGAGUCUUGUCCUUGAUGGGUUGGAGUAG